AAUAACUGAGAGAGAAGAGAAAGAAGAGAAAGAGAGAUUGAGAGAGAAUAGCAGCCUCCCCUCAACCUCUGAGUCUUCAAAUGGAUUGGUCUUCAAGAUGCCAUACCAUGAAGCAGUUUUCCGUCCCGUCGGGAUUUGCAUACCCUGCCCUUUACUUGCCCUCAAAUCUGUUAGCGCCGGAGCCUCCCGUCGUAUCGCAUCACACCCGCCGGCGACGGUGGUGGUUUUCAGCUUAGAGUCGCGCCUCCCUCUCUCCCUCUCUCUCUAUCUCUCGAUUCGUGGAAUGACCGCUGAUUAUAUUAAAUCCCUUCUCAGAUGCCAACUAUUAACGAUAUAAUCCUCCUCUUCAUCCUCCUGUUGUCAAACUUCUCUUAUUCUUUCGUUGUGUGUUAAGUGCGCUUCGGUGAAUCGAGGAUGGCGGAGCCGAGGCCGGAUAUCCACGAGCUCUUCUGCUAUUACAACUCCCUUUACUUCAGUGAAGCUCUCGGCACUUGCAUACUCUCGUGGGCUCCGUGCUUGACUAGUAUGCCAGCUUCCUGUGAUUGUAUAGAAGAAGGUCUGUGUGAGAUACAGUUGUCAGUGCCCUUGCUGAAAUCUCGCUCUUCUACUGAUUUAAAGAACAUUUUAUUGCAUGAGAUGAUUCAUGCAUUCUUGUGGAUUAUACAUAAAAACAAUAAUCACAGUGAACAUGGAUCCAAAUUCUGGAACAUAGCAAAUUUAAUCAACUCCAACCAUAAGGAUGAUGAUCAGAGACCCUCUAAUGGUUACCGUAUCACUGCCCAUCAUGGCUUCCAGAAUGAAGAGGAUACUCAUGAUGCUCACCUAUGGAUGUGUGCAUCUUGUGGGGAUUUUAACAAGGGAGGAAUGAAUGGAGAACCUUCACCUAGUGACUGCUUUGAAAAUAAUGGCGGUGAUGACUGCGGCAAUAUUUUAUGUGGAUGGCAUAGGCACAAGAAGUUAUGCCCUGGCCAAUAUGAAAAAGUAGUUGAUGUCUCUGCAUUCAAAAACAAAGGAAAGUCUAUAGGUGUUCAAGAGAAUGCAAGGGACAACCAGACUAACUUACCACGGUUUGAUAGACAGGCCAGACAAAGGUUGCUUCCAGCAGAGGAAAUUAAGGAUAAAAGGGUCAUAAAAAGACCCAAGAUUAUGUCAGAAUACUUAUCCUCCAUUACUGAUAAACCCAGAAGCUCAGGCAAGAAAUCUUCCCAACCUGAUUGCUCCAAUAAGAGAAAUCAGUUACUUGUCAUGGAUUUAAAAAACCGGUCUCUUGCCGCUGGGCCGGAAAUACCAAGACAGCGAAGAACCUCUUGCAAGAAGAUCUGCAAUGUUCCUGAUAGAAAAGAAAACACAAAUCAUAAACGUAGAAGAGAAAUCACUUUGGUUAUACAACUUUUUGGUGUCUAUACUGAUGAGGAAUCAGAGGAAGAUCCCGAUCCACUGAUCAAUAAGAGAAGUGAAAGAAGGAAAAGGAUGAAGCUGUGUAACAAUUCUGAUGGAAGAGAUGAACAAACUGCUGGCUUUACACCAUAUGAAGUUAUUUCUCUGGAUUAAUCUUACUACUGCACUUUUUCUUCACUGGAUAAUAGUUUUUAACUUUAUGUGAGCAAAAUGUCAUGUAUUUUCUUUUGUACAAUCUCACAUUGACAUUACUAAGUUAAUGAUUUUUGUUGUGAGCAUACAUUUGUAAUGAAAUUUCUGUUGUUGUGAUUUUGGCCUUUCC